UGGGUCAGUCUCUCUCAUCUCAUGCCUAGCUAUCUGGGAACCCUGCAAUUCCUUCGCCUCUUCCUGCCAUCCUACAGCAUUUAUUAUCCUCUUGCUAGCUCCUAGACAUUUGCCAUUCUCCUACCACCAUCCUAGUCUUGUCACUCUCUCUCUCUAGCUUCUUUGUAGUUUAUAGUCUGUAAACACAACACCUAUGGAAAUCAUAACCCACUCAUGACCUAAUAAUCACCCAAAAGCUUCUAUUUAUUCCACCAUUCCACACCAUCUCCUUUUCAUUCGCCACUCUAGUCCACCACCUAUCUCUGUCUCCCUUUCCCAGUAUCAACCCUUCCUCGUUCUUCCAAAACGCUCUUCACCUAAACUUUAAUUCUCAGCAGAAGAAAGACUCUCUUCAUAUUGGUUGUCUUGAUCUUCCCGUGCCUGCUCCGUUGAGCUUAAAUGGCAACCAUCUUUCCUGAUCUCUCACUCCACAUCAGUCCACCAGCGAUCUCCGUAGACGGAAGCUCGGUGACGGGGGUUUUCUUUGGGGAAGCAGCGACGUCCAUCUCCGGCAGAAGCGAGGGCGACAUGGGCCAUGAUCAAGCCUUCUUGCACCACGACCAAGGUCGGGAGUUCGACCAUGCCGAACCGACGCUGAGCCUAGGGCUGGAGGCGCCGGGGUCAAGUGUCGCUGAUCGCCAUGACCUACACCACCGCGAUCACCACCACCAUCAUCACCAUGACCAACUUCGUCACCCUCAGACCUAUGGAUUUAAGAGGAACUCACGAUCGGCUCAAGGAGGGAAGAGGAGCGUCAGGGCUCCAAGAAUGAGGUGGACUACCACCCUCCACGCUCAUUUUGUCCAUGCGGUGGAGCUCCUCGGCGGCCACGAGAGAGCUACGCCAAAAUCGGUCUUGGAGCUGAUGAACGUGAAGGACCUCACGCUAGCUCAUGUAAAGAGCCAUCUGCAGAUGUAUAGAACAGUGAAGAGCACUGACAGGGGAGCGGCAGGCCAAGGUCAGGCAGAAAUGUGCUUCAACCAGAGGAGAGGGAUGGAGGAAGUGGAGGGAGGACUGUCAUUUGAUAAAGCUGGGAAUGAGAUCACCCCUCCUUGUAGUUCCCUCAGCACGCCAACCCCACCAACACCACAAUCCAAGUCUCCUAGAAAGCUAAAUCCAUCUGGAGAGGGGUGUGCUUGGAACAUUGCACGCUUGCUAAACAAUGACAAUAAGGUACUACUGAUGGAGGAUCAACCACAAGAACUGAGACCAACUCUGGUGCCACCCUCCAUGCCUCCCCGGAUGCCUAACCUUGAAAUCACAUUGGGCCGCCAGAGUUGGCAGAUGCCGUACGCUGAAACUUCAAACGAGAUGACUCUUCUCAGGUGUUUGUGAAGUUAGGAGGUGUCCAACUACAUCAUUUUUCAUGUCGACGAAAAAUGGAAAGAGAAAAAGGAAAGAAAGAGAAGAAAUCCUGCUGUUUUUGAGCUUUCAUCGAGGCUGGAGAACUUAGUGAUGUGGAUGUAAAAUACUUUGGAUAGCAUUUGAGUCGACUACCGUGUGCUGCGAAUGCUGGUUGGAGAUUGCGCAGAUCAUUUUGAAAACAUUUCACAUCCCAAAUAGUAGAAAAAAGAUCUUCCAGAUUAAUCUGCGGAUUUCCGAUUACCAACAGAAGUCAAACCUCCUACCCUACAAGAAGACGACAGAAGUCAACCUUCCAAUUCGCUGACGCAGUCAUCGUUCAGCCGCAGGUUCCGAAAAAGAAAAGCCCACAGAAAAACGAUGCAGGAUUGAACUUCCGAUAUCAUAUCCAUGAGAAAAGUAGAUCAUGGAAAAGAAGACUGUGGGCGAGUGAGAGCACACAGAAGGAACAGCGAAAGGCAAGCAGCAUAUCGUGUCCCUUGGUUUUCCUCCUGAAGCCGAGAGCUCUUUUUAUACAAGAGCUCUCCAGCUUGUUUCUAGCUCAGGUCUCUCGUCUGCUACCUUGGCCAUGUCGAGCUUGAUAGAGAUUUGGGGUGCAGGGCUCGAAAAGCUUCGCAAGAAACGCCAUGAAGGCGUCUUCUCGUCCGGGGGUCGAGGCAGCGUCAAGAAAGAGGGGGAGACAUCUCUUCUUGGCUUCCCACGCCUGAGUCAGGCCGUGAAAAGCAAGUUGCUGCAGCAAUCAGAGGAAUGCAUCGACUCCGAAACCACUCUGUCGAUUCUUGUAGAUUGCUUUGGCCUUUAGAUUCAGUUCUUGAGGCAUGUUCAGCUAACAAAAGUUUUGUAUGCAUGUAUCUGUCUCAGUACGCUCCCGUAUGUACUCAUGCUGUUAUAUUGGCGAACAUUUGCAAUCAUCCGAUCUCUUUCUCUGCAGAA